AAAUCAUAUAUUUCUGAGCAUGUUACAGGGUGGGCUAGAGUUUUUCAAAAUGACCGGCGGUUCAAUGGGGUUGUCCAGUGCAUUAAUCCGCUAGGGGGCGCAAGUGUCUAUGAGUUGUUGACUUCAACAAUGGCGGACGCAUUAGGCAGUAAACACGAUGAGUGAUAGCGAGUGAACUCGGUGAUAAUGCCACAGUAUCGCUGUGUGCCUCAGUGUAAAAAUGCAUCUGCAGGCCAUACUUUUCCGAGAAACAAGCUGUUAAGACAAAGGUGGAAUGUGGCGAUAAGAAGGAUCGAUCCUGUUACUAAAAAGGUGUGGGAGCCAGGUCCGUGUGAUCGUGUGUGCGGGGACCACUUCACUGAUGCCGACUACUUCGAGAGCUCAUAUCUAGGAAAAAGAAAGAGGUUAAAGCCAGAUGCUGUGCCCUCCAUCUUCAAAUUUUCUGGUGCUCUGUCUGCAUCGUCCUUGCGAAGGAAGUUAAGGCAUGAGAAGAAGACAAUUUCUCUUGACUGUGUUGGAAGGAAUGUCAUAGCAGACAUUGGAAAUGAAGUUGAGCUUGAAACAGAAUCUCCAGAUCCAGACAUUACAGCUGAAGAACCGAUUGAACUCACACCAAAAUCCUGUGAUGCUGCAGUAGAAUGUAGUCUUCUGUCAGAUUUUGACUGUAGAAUGUCUGUGCGUAAAUACGAGAACAAUCCAAGAGCUGUUCAAUAUUACACAGGGAUGGAUGAUUACAAUCAUUUCAUGUUGAUAUUUAAUCUACUGUGCCCAGCUGUCUAUCAUCUAGAUUUUAAGUGCACACUUUUAGAGCUAGUGGAUCAACUCUUUUUAGUUUUAAUGAAACUGAGACAAGCCAAAGAAGACAGAGAACUUAGCAUUUUGUUCAGCAUUAGUGAAAGCACAGUUUCAUUCUUAGUAAACAAGUGGAUUAACUUUCUUUACUUCCAACUGAAAGAAAUAAGUUUGUGGCCACCAAAGUCUGUUGUUCAACAAACUAUGCCAAAAAGUUUUGCUAAACAGUUCGGGUCAACAAGAGUUGUGUUAGACGCUACAGAGGUACCUAUUGCCAAACCAGCUCAUGUGAAUGCUCAGAGUGUGACAUUCUCCACUUACAAAAACAGGAAUACUUUGAAGACCAUGAUUGGAUGUACCCCUCGCGGGCUAGUUAGUUUUGUAAGUGAAAGCUAUGAAGGUUCUGCCAGUGAUAGACAGAUCAUAGAAAGAUCAGCUUUACUUAACGGAGAUAUGUUUAGUCCGAACGAUAGCAUCAUGGCAGAUAGAGGGAUUUUAGUUCAAGAUCUUUUUGCCAAUCAGGAUGUGUUUGUAAAUACCCCAACAAUGUUAAAGGGAAAAUCACAGUUGGAGCCAACUGAUGUCAUACAUGACCGACGUAUUGCCUCAAAACGAAUACACGUUGAGAGGGUUAUAGGCUUGGGCAAAACCUUCAAAAUUCUUCGGAAAGAACUUCCAGCAAGCCUUUUCUUCCCUUUUUUUAUAAAAUAAAACUUAAAAUUUAAAUAAUUUAUUGAAUUCUUUGGGGGUAUUUUGGGUGUGUGUGGACAGUAUCAAGAUAAUUUCAAGGUAUUCACCCAUACCACGAUUUGUUUGAUACUGCGGGAUAAGGCCUGGCUGGAAUGCAGCGACCUGGAACUUGUCUACAGAAAAGACUGGACCUCAAAUUAUCAUAGAUGUCAAAAAUAUAAAAUUAACUCACCUUUUUCUUCAUAGCAGCCUUAACAAUGCCUGUGAAAUACACGUCACAUUUUGUAAUGUGUGUGCUGCAGGCUGUAAUACGCUGGCUUUCGACUAGUCUCUUUCCCUUCUCAAGAGCUUUCAAAUCCUGCGUCAUGUUGUUGUCCACUGCAAUCCUAUAUUUGAAGUAACCUUCGACUUGUGUGGCAGUAACUUUUGGAAGCAAGACCUUAUGUUCUGGAACAAGUUGCUUGAAACCUUCCUUAGGCCAGUUAGGCACGCACUGGUCGGGAAGAAUAAUGGUGUUUUCACUUUGAAAAUUUCUGUUUCUGUCAUACGCUUCAAGCCUAUAAUUAACAAGGGCAGAAAAAAAAGAAUUAUCUGAAAACUGGGGAUAGGAACACUAGCAGAAGUGCUGAUCAACAACCAUGACUUUUAUGGUUAUAUCCAUUUUUUUUAAAACCAUAUUUUCUUUUACCACGUGUACAACGUAGGCCUAGCUACAUGUAAAUUACAACAACAACACCGACUCUGACACGUAUCUUUCAUGCCAAAACAGUGUGAUAUUUGAAAAACAAUUGCAUAAAACAUCAAACUAAAAGACUACAAACCUUUCAAUCAGUGCUUCCUUCCGACCUGACAAUGCUGCCCCUCUCUGCGAUAACUCAACUUUUAAUUUAGUCACUGUCCAGCCAGCAUACGUGGAAGUAGCCAUGUUGAACCACUACCAUUCAUGGACAGCGGCUCCCCCUGGCGGGAGAGUUUUGGCUGGCUAGCCUCAUUUACCCGCCUUAUUGGUUGUUGGCAUUGUUCACGGCUGCUGUUUGUGCUGAGCUCCUAACUUACACUAUGUGUGGCGGUUUGCUUUGGUUUACGUCUUCUAAAGAACUUUGAUUUUGUUGAUGAUGUGAAUUUGGAAUGGAAAAUGUUGAAAUUUGACCGCUGCACCGCCCAGGGUCAAUUAGUGAAUACUGAUGAUGAGAAUAACUUUGAUUUUGUUGAUGAUGUGAAUUUGGAAUGGAAAGUGUUGAAAUUUGAUCUCUGCACCGCCCAGUGUCAAUACCGGUACUAUUACUGAUUAUGAGUUUAACUUUGAUUUUGUCGAUGGUGUGAAUUUCAAAUUUAAAGUUUUAAAGUUUGACCUCUGCACCGCGCAGGAUCAAUACUGAUGAUGAGAUAACUUUGACUUUGUUGAUGAUGUGAACUUUGAUAUUCAACUGUUGUUUGAAUGCUUGAUUUGAGGGCUUGUCAUUGUCUUGUCGACAGCCCGACUUAAAAUGAUUUGACCUCUGCACCGCCCAGGGUCAAGACUCAUAACAACCAACC